AGGUUUCCACAGCUGGAUUGUUUACUAGGGCCCAUUGUCACCAAUGGCAGUAAAACUCAUUUUCUGGCGAGCAGGGUCUCACGGACUAAUUGGCUCUCAUUCAGCAGGAACCUAACAGAUAAGUCUUCCUGCUGUAUAUCAAGAGAAUGCUUGCUUUUCAAGCUGUUCUGAGAAUGAUUAAAGCAGUGUCACAAGGUGACAUUGUCAGGGGAGGACAAGCAGCCUGAGAAUUUCCUAUUAAUCUGAUUGCAGCUUGAAGGCAGCCCAUUUCCAUUAAGUAGGACUGCAUGGCAAGCAGCCCCACCAAAGGGUUGACAAUGAGCGUCCCAGUGGCUCCUAAGAAAUCAUGUUACACUCAGCUGCGGGACAACAGAAAUGCAGCAAGAAAUAAUAAUGAGAGCAUCCUAAGUCUGGGAGAUACAAAUGCCAAUCAAAUCAUGUUGGAGGUCAGCUCCUCUCAUGAUGAGUCCAAGACAUGUGACCUGGAAGAUGAAAUUGGAAAUACAAAUUCAAGUGAGCCAGAAAACCGUACCCAUUUCCAUAAGGAAUUUCAGCAACUUCAGGGCUUUGAGAAGGGAUCUCAGCCUGGCUCCACCAGCCUGAAAGAUUUUAGACUUUCUUCAACCAUUCAGAGGGAACUCAAUGAGGAGCACACAAUGGAGAGAGGCACAGAGAGCCUGCAGACCCCGCGGAGUGUCCAGGGACCGAGUCUGUCGAGUUGGAGAAAUGUGAUGGGUGAGGCCAGUCUAGACGUUUUGGCUAAAAGGGAUGCUGAAAUUCCCUGGCACGUUCCCAAGGAUAAAUUGGCAAAGACCCUCAACAAUGAGGAACUGAGGAGACAUUCUUUGGAAAGAGCAAGCAGCUCUGUAGCUGUAGUCGGGAGCCUGACUCCGCAGCAUCCACAGCCUGCGCCCCUUGACUCCCAGGAAGCACGGGGUCAGGUGCCUGGGGUUGGGGAGGGGCCACAGAAGACAUUGCCAGACCACGCUCUCCCGGCAGCGUUCCCUCCAACUGACAGUACCUCAGAGGGAAAGAGUGUGCGUCAUCCUAAACCAUCUACCUCAGAGACCAAGCAGAGCACCCCCUCAGAGACCCAGACAGUGGGAGCACAUGUACUGCAGGCGUGCAGUGAGCACAUACCACGUUCCACCCAUCCACAGCCUGCUCUGAAUCUGACUUUGGCAUUGAAGGAAAUCCCGAGUAAGCCAGAAGCACAAUUAGGUCAGGGAAAGGCAGAGGCCAAGGUGGAGCUGAAAUAUGUUUCACCCAGGAGGGUUGAACAAGAGGGAAAGGCAGCCCAGGAAGGGUAUCUGGGAUGCCACAGGGAAGAGAAUCUGUCAGCCUUCGAGGGAAAGGAUCUGUGUGGGGAAGCGCACCCAGAAACCACCGAUGCACUUGGCUCUCUGCCAAACAGUGACCUCCACCACCUUGGGGUGGGAAGAGGCAACAGUGAAGAGAAGAGAGGAGUCAACCCAGGGAAGCCGGAUUCUCUCCACGCCACCCCCAAACAGGCCUCUGCUUCCUUAGGAGGGGCUGAUAGUCAGCCCACUGGCAACAUUUCACCAUGUGCAGGUGGGAAGUUGGGUGAAAGGACAUCCGGCAGCUUUUCACCAGGUGAUGGUCAUGUGGCUUUUAUUCCUACUAAUCUGACUGACAGCAAACCCUUGGAUGUCAUUGAGGAGGAAAGGCAGUUGGGCAGUGGGCAACCCACAGUGGACAAGGACAGUGUUACAGUUCUGGUGUUCAAUCCUUCUGUUGGAGAGAGCCAGACAGAGGUGCCUGAGCCCCUGGAACCUCAAAGUGGCAGCUCAGAAGCACGGGAAAGCGGAGAGAUCACCACAUCUGUUGCUGAAAACAGGAACCUUCUAGAGAAUGCAGAUAAGAUUGAACGCACCUCAGCAAGAGUAGAUUCAGUUCUCAAUAUUCCAGCACCCCUCCACCCAGAGACAACUGUGAACAUGACCCACCAGCCUACAACACCCAGUAGCCGUUUUCAGGAUGUUAGCGUGUUCGGUAUGGAUGCAGUGUCCCCCUUGGCGGUACCACCCCCUGCUGAUAGUGCACGCUUGUCGAACACAUCCCCCAAAGUGCCUGACAAGAACGCCUGCCCCAGUGGGAUCCCCAAGCCUGUCUUCACACAUUCCAAGGAUGCCCCUUCCUCGCAGGAGGGCACGGAGAACCAUCAGGUUGAAAAAACAGAGGAGAGGACAGAAACCAAGCCCGUCAUUAUGCCCAAGCCCAAGCAUGUGAGGCCCAAGAUCAUCACCUACAUCAGGAGGAGUCCCCAGGCCCUGGGCCAGGUGGACGCCUCGCUGCUUCCAGUGGGGCUUCCAUACGCCCCGCCGACAUGUACCAUGCCUCUUCCCCAUGAAGAGAAGGCCGCGAGUGGUGACCUGAAGCCGUCUGCCAACCUCUAUGAGAAAUUCAAGCCAGACCUGCAGAAGCCAAGGGUCUUCAGUUCCGGAUUGAUGGUGUCUGGAAUCAAGCCCCCAGGACAUCCUUUCAGUCAAAUGAGUGAAAAGUUUUUGCAGGAGGUUACAGACCACCCUGGAAAAGAAGAGUUCUGUUCUCCUCCCUAUGCUCAUUACGAAGUCCCUCCAACUUUCUAUCGGUCAGCCAUGCUCCUUAAGCCCCAGCUAGGAUUGGGUGCAAUGUCCCGUUUACCAUCUGCAAAGAGCAGGAUUCUGAUUGCAAGUCAGAGGUCUUCAGCAAGCGCCAUCCACCCACCAGGACCCAUAACAACAGCCGCCAGUCUCUACAGUUCCGAUCCUUCAGCAGAUUUAAAGAAAGCUUCCAGUUCAAAUGCUGCAAAAUCCAGUCUCCUGAAAUCUGGUCUCCGUCCUCCUGGAUACUCACGUCUCCCAGCAGCCAAGCUGGCGGCGUUUGGCUUUGUCCGGAGCUCCAGCGUCUCCUCAGUCUCCAGCACCCAGUCCGGGGACAGUGCACAGCCAGAGCAGGGCCGGCCGGCCACCCAGAUGAUGUGUGGAAAGCUUUGCUGGAGCAAAGCUUUGCUGGUUCAGCUCAUGGAAACAGCCAAUGUGCGAGUAGCCACAGUUCCUGUGGACUCACACAGCACCUGCAUGUGUAUCGUGCCCCCAGGAGAGCCCCAGGAUAGCAUGCCCUUCAUUCCCUUACCAGUUCGUCACCGUAUUCUAUGUGGUAAGCAUAAGCUCAGCACCGGGGCUGCCAUGACCUGGGCAAUGGAAACCAAGUUGCUAGUGUUUGGUAGUGUUCUGAACAAAUUGUUCCUCAUCCUAAGUGAUGAUAAGAGGGCUUACUGGCCUGAAGAUCAUCACCGAAAGAGAAGCGAGUGGCGUUCCCUUACAGCUGCCGCACAGCUGUAUGGGGGAAGCCCAGGAGGUUUGGCCAUGGCUUUGUCAGAUAUACCUCUCAGUCACAUUCUCCAGAGCCUCAUAACGCUUCAGUUUGCCCAGAUUAUAUUCAGUUUUAGCCAUGCCGCCCUUGGAGAUUCAGAAAUCAAGUCUGAGUUUGAGGCUGUCUUCAUUGAAAGGAAUGGAAAUGGGAAAAUGGCAGAAUUUCAGUCUCUUAGUGACUUCAACAUUUGA